CUGGGUGCAGACAGAGUGAGACGCCAGGAGUAGAAGAGAAAGCAGUGCAUAGAAAGAAAGACGUGGCGCUGAAGUUUUUUUUUUUUUAAAUAAAGUCAUCAAUCGGUGACUUUUCUUCCAGGAGGAAGUAAGGGAAGGAAACCACCGGUGGAGAUGGAAAGUCCAAGCCUCCCACUGAACCUCAAUGUGAGCGCAGAGAUGAUCAACUCUUCUUCAGAUCUAACCAAAAGUGAAGAGGGAUUCAGUGAGGCCACAAUGAUUCUGCUGGGCAUGAUCAUGUCAUCGCUCAUCCUCUGUAUUGUUUUCGGCAACAUCCUGGUCAUAACGGCGAUCGGCCGCUUCCAGCGUCUCCAAAAUGUCACCAACUGCUUCAUCACCUCCCUGGCUUGUGCCGACCUGGUCAUGGGUCUCAUCGUGGUCCCUUUUGGUGCUUGUUACAUCAUCUUCAAUAACUGGCACUUUGGUAGUUUCUGGUGUGAGUUCUGGACGGCCACUGAUGUGCUCUGUGUGACCGCGAGCAUUGAGACCUUGUGUGUCAUUGCCAUAGACCGUUACUUGGCCAUUAGCUCUCCCUUCCGCUACCAGACUAUGCUGACAAAGUGUAAGGCUCGAAUUGUGGUGGUGCUGGUGUGGGUCAUCGCCGCCUUGAUAUCUUUCCUGCCCAUACACAUGAAGUGGUGGAUAUCUGAUGAUAAGCAAGCGAAAGAGUGCAUCGAGGAUAGCAGCUGCUGUGAAUUCUACACCAACAUGGCUUAUGCCAUCACGUCCUCAAUCAUCUCUUUCUACAUCCCCUUGGUCAUCAUGGUGUUUGUCUAUAGCCGAGUUUUCCAGGAGGCCAAGCGCCAGCUCAAAAAGAUUGACCAAAGCAUGGGGCGCUUUCACAACAGCGACAAAAUCAAACCUUUGGACGCCAACAUCGGGCGCGGGCAGAAGAAGGUGAAGUUUUGUCUACGGGAACACAAAGCCCUAAAGACGCUGGGCAUCAUCAUGGGGAUCUUCACUCUGUGCUGGCUGCCCUUUUUUCUGCUUAAUGUGGUGGUUGCCAUAUGGAAGGUGGAAGAUAUUGACCUCACUUUUAGGAUCCUCAACUGGAUAGGCUACGCAAACUCAGCCUUCAAUCCGCUCAUUUACUGCCGGAGCCCAGAGUUUCGCUACGCAUUUAAGGAAAUCCUCUGCCUCAAAAGGAACCACAUCUCCAAAGCGGGACCUAUGAACGGAUACAUCUACGAUAGACACAGCUGGCAGAGCGAACAGCAGGGUCGGACUAAAGGCAACUCGGAAGACAGCGAUGCCAACGAGGGUUGUUUGGAGCAAGACGCCUGUGUUGACAGUGCUGAGGACAGAGUGGUGGACUCCAAUGGGAACUGCAGCAAAGACCUCCCAAUUGUAGCGGCUGUACUUUAAACUACGAGACUUUUACCCAAAGGGCACCUUUAAUGUUUACACUGCUGACAUGCACCCAUUGCCUUUGGCAGGUAAGGCCAGUCAGGCAGCAUGGAGGCAUAGGAUUCUGUUUUAAGGAAACUAUAUUUUUCAUGUAACAGAUAUAGUGUUGGCAGAUUUUACUCAUUCGUUCUGUUGAUAUUACAUCUACCUCACCACAUUGUCUUGAAUGUGUGCUUGAACAUUUGCAUUGCUACAACAUGAUAGCAGAGACGCUAUCCUCAAUUUAAAAACCGAGGCCUCUCUGUCAAUAAGGAUGUAUUGUAGAUUUAUCAGACUAGAUUGUUUAUUUGUGAAACUUUCCAAAACCAUUCCAUCUUAAUUUUGCCUUCAUUGAGUUUGCUCUAUUUCAUGACAAUGCGAUAGAUGAACAAAAGGUAUGGGAACAUUCUCCUUCAGCUGUUUUGUGAGGCCCCCGUUAUGCCUGAUCUCCCUUUUACAGCCUGCUCCUUGGGAGGUUGUGUAGCAGAUUGCGCCACUGAUAAAUAACAGUUAUCUCCGUCUCGCCGGUGCGAGCUGUGCAACGCCUGGGGCCAUUCUCUGAUGGCUUUGUGAUAAAACCUGCACAUUUGUCGAGCAACCAGCAAUUGCAUUAUCAGCACUAAUGUUUCCUAAUAAGCAUACUGUUUUAAAUGCUUUCUGCAGCUUUCAAGCUGAGCAAGCAAUUAAUUACCUUCAUUGCACUGGUUCAUUUGAAUGUAAUACCCAAUGGAUGUGUUUUUUUUAAAUGCUGUUUUUGAAUGAAAGUACUGUGUUUACAACAUAAGUGUGUGUGUGUGUGUGUGUCUCUAUCUGUGUCUUUGUGUAUGCCUGUGUGUACGUAUGCACAUAGCCCAGUGGGUGGGAAAAGCCAAGACAUAAGCGGAGAUGUAGUUUGUACUAAUCAUAUCAAAGACAAGAGACAACCAGUCCACGUUUGUAACUUCGGUGACAUUUUCCAGACUUCUCUUAACCUACAUAUGUAUAUAUGUAGUGCCAUGAAAUAAUCCAGAAGAGGCUCGGCACAGUGUUCUUCUUCUUGGUGUGUCUGUCUCCAGGAAGUGCCCCAAAUCCAGCUGAGCCCUGCCCAAUAAACAAGAGUAAAUCCAUUAUCUCCACUGUCAAGCAACAGGAUCUGAUCUCCUCCCUUAAAACAACACAGCUGCAUAAAGUUCCCUGUUUGAAUGCUGCCAUCACACGAAGGACCAAUUUGAUAAUGAGUCUUACGCGGACAAGUUUUAAAAAAAUAAAUCUCACAUUCUUAGCCUAAAUUGCUUUGAGUGAAGGGGGUCUCUUGAGUCAGGUUGGGUUAUCUUACUUUGAUCGCAGUGACAGUUUGCUAAACGUUGCCAAAGAUGGCUGAGGAAGGAACACCAUCAGUGUUAGUGACCUGUGUUUUUGUGGACGUAGCCUUAGUCUCGAUGAACUUUGUAUCUCUAUGCACUGUAUUGCUCAGUUCAAUCUAGCCCAGCGAUGCAUAGGGAAUUGACGCAAGUGUGGGGUCAUCGUACGUCAAUGUGUGUGAAGUGGGGAAAAAAAAGCUUUUCAGUCAUAUUUUUCCUUCCCUGUUUUUCUUCUUCAUGGAUUUAUUACAAAGUAAAUUCAAGGGUUGAGUGUCAUAAAAAAUACUCCCCAGAUGUCAUUUCACUGUACAGGUACUAUGUCAAAAGUAACAAACAAGAAACGAGUUCAUGAUUCCUGACUACGUUUAUAUUUAUUCACACACACUAUGAACUAUAAAGCUUUAACUGUGUAGUUUUCAGGUUCAUACAAAACGGAGCGUACAUUUUUUCGAUGGAUUUAAAACAAAUGUUAUUUUGCAUGCUAUAUCUGUCUUUGUGCUGAUGUCCUGUUGCUAUUUUUUUCCAAGUGAUCUGUUUAGUCCUAUUGAUGGAGGCUUUGAAGUACAGUCAGUAGUAUAUCCACACUGCUCCCUCCUGGCAGUGCCCUCUCCUUGCACCUCAACUCUGACUCCUGAAUGGUUACUCUUCAUGUGCACACAAAAUGAUUGUUAUAUUCAGUUGCAAUUACAUGAAAAGCAAUCAUGACAACAUUCUAAGUCUGGAUAUUAAAAGUGAAUUAAGAGUGUUAAAUGUAGUUGGUUAAGCAUCCUUAUACUGUGGUGUGUAUCAUGCCAAAAAAUGGUCACUCAGUAAGGCAUUGGACUUCAAUUAAAAGAGAAAUGAUGGCAUAUGUAUGACUAUGUAUGCAGACUGUAGAACUGCAAAACAUUUUGUAAAAUUUUAAGCUUGGAAUGGACAUCAAAACUCAUUCAAUAGUGAAUCUAUUCACAUUACCUGAAUGUUAACAUGAUUUUGCAUAUGUCAUUUUGAAAAAUGAUUGUCUGGUGUACUGCUGUAACUCAUUGAUGUGUGAAUUACUAAUACCAUAUGCUUUAAUCACUGUGUGAAAAGUGGCCGUUCGCGCAGCUCAUUGUUUACUAGAUGUUUUUCAACUCCUUCACGCACAAGUUUGUUGCUGGUAUACAUCUGUUGAAUAAUGUGAUGUUCUGUGAUAUUUAUAAAAAGCUGGAGCUAUUGUGUUAAAAUAAAUUAUUUACGUGUUGCCUGU